AGCAGUGAGGACCGAGAAUCGAUUGAUCUUGAACGUCGCGCAAGCGACCGGUGAGGAGCGACCGUUCAAGAAGAAAACUUGACAGAAAAGUCGAGUGGAUCAGCAGAAUUUACACAGCCAAGGAUUCUCCCGUUCUUCCGGAAUACGCCGAAUCGGAAGAACUGGAAGACAUUCGACGCUCUCGGUAUUAUAUUCGCUGAAAACGGAGAAGCGAGUACUCGAUACGUACUUUGAACUGGAAAACAAAAGUCCCCGCGGGGAUCUGCUUGCUCGAUACUAACGUACGGUGGAAACACAACAAGUACCCGAAAUGCUGGCAGCCUCGAUUUGUCACGAAAUCUACUACACGGUGUUGCCCAGUACGACGAUGACCUCACGAGUACCACGCUGCCUCUUCGGCCGGCCAAAUCCGCGGGAGACGAUGGAGAUGCUCCAGGAGGCACUGGACGCGGAGAGGAGCAAGUUCGCCAAGAGAUGGGGAGUGGAUCCUCGCUCCGAGGAUAAGGAGAAUAAUUACCAGAGGCGGAACAACGAGAAGAGCGACCGGUCGCCCGGCAAAAAGCGGAGUAAUCCGUAUUCAAGGCAGACCAGCAUUCACGAUUAUUGGCGAGCUCGAAAAGUAUGCGACGUGAACAAAAAGCCGCUGACGGCCACAGUGGACGUGUCGAAACAAAAUGUGGAAUCGUCGAAAACAACGAAGGCGAUCCCUACGACAACAACAACAACUAUAACGAAAAGCACGUAGAAGACGUUGAACUAAUCGUAUAUUCUGUUGCACAGACCCCGCGCACACGUGCGGUUUUCUUAUUUUGCUGCGGUGGCGAAAAAAAUCGCCAUGUUCACUUAAAUGUACUAGGCGGCAAAAAACUAACCAGAAAACAGCUAGCUUGAAAUUACUUAAAAAAAUUAAUAUAUUUUAGCGGAUUAUUAAAAUAUUAUUUAAAUACUAUUUUUAAAAGUAAUUAUAAAGAACGUACUGCACAAAGCGAUGAUCGCCAAUUAAUGAAAAGUGAGCACAAAUUCUUAGGCGCGGGGUUUUAACGAUUGUUUGCGUAAACCGGACUUCGUCUUUCGUUACUGAAAUUUGUAUAUUUAUUCCCUGAUCUUUCGAGCAUUAUAUGUUAUCAUCAAUUAUUGAAAUAAUCCUCUUUAGACUUAAUCGCG